AUGAUCCGGAAUCUCAGGUUGAGUGUCACGGAGCACCUCUCUCUCUUCUACGAACAGCAUGAUGAUGGCAACGGCACACUGUAUGAUAUCCACGCUGAUAAACUGUUUGAUUCGAUCAAAGACCUGCAGGACGAUGAUGAAGAUGGAGGUUACGAUGACUCAAUCGUGAGCUCGAGCGCUAUAUGCGGCACGGAAUCCAUUACUUCCAGGAGGAGAUCGCAUCAGGUCAAGCCAGUAACCGCAUCCUGCUGGAAGCGAAUGCUUCGAUAG